AUGGUAUCCAAGGACGAUCAGAGACUGAUCCUCUGCCUUGACGACAUCAAGGCAGCAGCCGCAAAGAAUCUGUCCACUACUGCAAGAGAAUUCUACGAUGCCGGCUCAACCGACCAGAUCACGGUCAACGAGAACACGACAGCCUACUCCAAGUACCGUCUGCGACCCCGAGUCCUCGUCGACGUGUCCAAGGCCGAUACGACAACCACAUUGUUUGGGCAAAAGAUCCCCUUCCCGCUCUGCGUGUCGCCCGCUGGCAUCCAGGCCAUGGCGCAUCCGGACGGCGAACUCGCCACAAGCCGCGCAUGUGGGAAGCGCGGAGUUCACAUGGGCGUGUCUUCCUUCUCUAACUACUCCGUCGAGGAUGUACGAGCCGCCGGGCUUGCCGUCGGCCCCUUGCACCACGUGAUGCAGCUAUACACGAUGCAGGACCGCUCGGCUCAAUUGCGCAUCAUUAGACGCGCCGAGAAGGCCGGAUGCACCGCUAUCUUUCUCACGGCAGACAGUCCGGUGCUUGGCGUGAGAUACAAUGAGCUCCGCAACGACUUCCGGACCCCCGAAGGCCUGUCGUUGCCCAUGCUUGAGCGGACAUCGGAGACGAUCCGCGCCCAGACUCACGACGACGGCUUUACCUCAUUCAACUCGGACUCGCACUCCUGGGCCCGGGAGAUCCCCUGGCUUCGAAGCGUAACUAAAAUGCAGAUCUGGAUCAAGGGCGUCCUGACCGCCGAGGACGUGGAGCUUGCGAUCCAAUAUGGCUGCGACGGCGUCAUCGUCAGUAACCACGGAGGCAGGCAGCUCGACCAGACGCCGGCCACCAUUGACGUCCUCCCGGAGUGUGUCCGGGCGGCCGAUGGAAAGAUCGACGUCCACAUUGACGGCGGGAUCCGAAACGGAACAGACAUUUUCAAGGCGCUGGCUCUUGGGGCUAAGUGUGUGUGGAUUGGCCGCCCGAUGAUAUGGGGGCUGGCGUAUAAUGGAGAAGCAGGUGUUACCAAGACUCUGGAUAUUCUCUACGCCGAGUUCAAGAGGUGCAUGCAGCUCUGUGGCUGCAAUAGCAUCGCUGAUAUUACCCCUGAGUCGCUUGGGGUGGUAUCGAAGGAUGGGCCACUCGCAAAACUAUAG